UAAUUUGUUUAUUCAUUGAUUUAAAAAACAAUGAUUUACGCUGCAAUAUCUUUUCAGAACCCAUUGGUGAAUUUCAUGCCGAAACUCCAUAAUAAACGGCACAAAAGGGUACCCAUAGUUUGUUUUAAAGCCCAGAAUCCCAAUAAUGCAAUCAAUAAGAAACCCACAUUUUUGGUGAAUACGGUGACGGAGCAGAUUCUGGUGAGAGAACAAAAGGCUCAGAGGAUGUAUGAGAAAGAGAGGGGUCCUCCUCCUCACGUUGGGAGCACGAAACAAAUGUUGUUUUUGUGUGGGUUGGGUUAUUGGGUACAAGGUUUCAGGUGCUUUCCGUGGCUUGCGCUGAAUUUCCACAUGGCAAACAAUCUCAACUUGCACCCUUCCACGUUGCAACUUGUGCAGAACUCUGCUAACCUUCCCAUGGUGGCUAAACCCCUCUAUGGACUCGUUUCCGAUGCUAUCUAUGUUGGUGGUGCUCGCAGAAUCCCUUAUGUUGUUAUAGGAGUGUCUUUGCAGGUCCUUUCUUGGAGUCUUCUAGCAUUAGUCCCGAUGACAAGUGAAGUGCUUCCAAACUUAAUUGCAUCUGUGCUUCUCAGUAAUUUGGGAGCAUCCAUUACAGAAGUAGCACAGGAUGCUCUUGUAGCAGAGUAUGGAAAGAAGCACAAAAUUGGUGGCCUACAAUCAUAUGCAUUCAUGGCAUUAGCUGCAGGUGGAAUCUUAGGCAACUUGGUUGGUGGUUAUUUCUUACAGAAAAUGCCUCCCAGAACCAUGUUUCUCAUAUUUUCAUCUUUACUGUCUCUACAACUAGCAAUUUCUUACUCAACAAGAGAGGAAUCAUUAGGCAUACAGCAACUUUCUGGUCAAAAUCAAAGUAGGAAAUUCAUCUCAGAAAAUAUCAGAAAACAAGUCUCUGACCUUGUCAUGGCUAUCAGUGACAAAAGCAUUUCCAAACCCCUUAUAUGGAUUUUUGCAUCAAUUGCAAUGGUCCCAAUGCUUUCAGGUUCUAUAUUUUGUUAUCAGACACAGUAUCUGAAUCUUGAUCCAACUGUAAUUGGGUGGUCUCGAGUGAUUGGCCAGUUGGCACUUCUUUCAGGAACCGUGCUUUAUAAUCGUUACUGGAUAAAAUUUCCAAUGAGAAAGCUGAUAGGCAUGGUGCAGAUUCUAUAUGCUUCAUCUCUACUUCUUGAUCUUGUUUUGGUAAGACAGAUAAAUCUUAAAAUGGGAAUUCCCAACGACGUGUUUGCUCUUUGCUUUUCUGGUUUGUCAGAAAUUGUGGCUCAGUUUAAACUCCUUCCUUUCUCAGUUUUAUUUGUAAAUUUAUGUCCAAAGGGUUGUGAAGGGUCUCUCACUGCAUUCCUUGCUUCAGCUCUGUGUCUAUCAUCAAUAGCUAGUGCAUUUUUCGGUAUUGGAUUGGCCUCUUUGCUUGGCAUUACAUCUGGUGAUUACUCGGGCUUGACCGCAGGAAUUCUCACACAGUUCCUUGCAGCUUUAGUACCAUUAAGAUGGAUUCAUUCUUUACCAAUGUCACAGCCUCUUGAGAAGCAAAGGAAAAGAAGUAUGAGCAGACGAGCACGUCGAAACAGAAGAGUUGGAAAGGUUGUUCUUGGUUCUGUUAACAUCUACCGGCGUGAGAGAGAAUAA